GUUACGUCAGCAGCACAGUGCUUUUCCGGCGCUGCGUCCCUCCAGCUCCCAGUCUGCGUCCGGCACCGGACAGCGCUGUUUACUGUGAAACCAAGCUCCCCGGAUUAUGUUGGACCGUAACACCCGGUUAUUGUGGUGAAAUUAGCUGUGCUGACUCGUGUAACAGGCAUGGACACGCUGGCAGGUUCUCAGUGAAUGCAGCCAGACAGCCUGUCCCCACCCCCACCCCCACCCUGCUAUCCUAACCUUUGAAGUGAGGCCAGGAGUGUGAAGCCUUUUUCCAACCAAAUAAACUCCUCCCUGUCCCAAUUGCCACCUUCAGAGCCUCUCCAGACACACAUUUGUGUUCUGCUGCCAAGGAUGCAAAAAGCAAGUGGACCUUUGGAAUCAGGCGCAAAGUGAAAUUGUAACAAGCCAAAGUAGAAAAAUCAGAACGUAUUAAUUAAUUAAGAGUUUCAGUCGUGCAGGACAUAAACAUGGGGAACCAGUUAACAGAAAUGACCCCUAACACUCCGUUCCUCCCCAGCUUUCAGUCGUUGCAUGUCGUAGUGAUCGGUUUGGACUCUGCAGGGAAGACCUCCCUGCUCUACAGACUCAAGCUGCGGGAGUUUGUUGAGACCAUCCCCACCAAGGGAUUCAACAUGGAGCGGAUUAAAGUGCAAAUGGGACACUCCAAAACCAACACCACUACGCUCCAGGUGUGGGACGUUGGUGGCCAGGAAAAGCUUAGGCCGCUCUGGAAGUCGUACACCCGGAGGAUGGAUGGGCUUGUGUUUGUGGUGGAUGCAGCUGAGAUGGAGCGCAUGGAGGAGGCCAAGGUGGAGCUCCACAGGAUCAGCCGGUCAGCUGAGAACCAGGGGAUACCUGUGCUGGUUCUGGCAAACAAACAGGACCUGGAUGGAGCCAUGUCAUCAACAGAGGUGGAAAAGGUGCUGGCCCUCCACGAGCUGAGCUCAUCCACGCUGCACCACACACAGGGCUGCUCGGCGCUGAACGGUCAGGGUCUGCAGGCCGGCCUGGAGAAACUCUAUGAGAUGAUCGUGAAGAGGAAAAAGAUGCUCCGACAAAGCAAGAAGAAAAGAUGAAGGAACAGAGGAGGUAGAGGUUACUCUGUGAGCACCUGCCUGUCUGACAAGCUUCUCAGCAUUUGUGUCUGUGACACUUUGGGAAUUUGGUGAAUGGGGGAAAGCAGACUGAAGCCUUGUCAGAUCAGGAGGAACGUUUCAGACCAAGUUCAGACUUUGUUCCUGGACACACCUGCUUCAUGCUGGACUGUUUCUUGUUCUCGUCCACUCUCAGAGGAACACCAGAGAGCCCUACAGUGCAGCGGGAGUGACAGCAUUGCAGUAAAUGAUGAACACUCACUGAAGCACUAACUGUAAUGUUGAAGGAUUCUUUGUAUUGCUACCUGUGCACCUUGUAGUGCCAUCAGACAACAUGUUCCUCUCAGCGUUACACUUGAUUAGAAAUCUUUGUUCUGUGGAGCUCGCCCUGCCUCAGAUUGAGCAACACUUCUGUACACCCACUCACAAAAGUAAUUACUGUAAGUUAGAUGCAGCCCAGUGUUCAGGAAUCGCAUUAAUGAUGCCAAACUUAUGAUGUCACCCAAUUCAGGUUGUUUUGUCACUCUUCACCCAGGGGGUUUGCUUUGUUUCAGGGUUAGCCAAGAUUUUGGUAAGUUCAGACAAGAAGUUGUUUUUAGUGUGUACAUACUGCUUUGUAAGAUGUUAAUGAAUGAAUAA